CAACAACCAACGUCCACCAUGGAGUUUCGCACGACGGGUUUCAACGGUUAUGCCGUGAAGUACUCACCAUAUUUCGAUAAUCGUCUUGCGGUAGCCGCCUCUGCCAAUUAUGGACUCGUCGGAAAUGGACGUCUCUUUGUCCUAGGUCUCGAUGCCAGUGGAAUUCAUGCGGAAAAAGUCUAUGAGACCUCUGAUAGCGUGUAUGAUUUGGCCUGGGCUGAAUCCAGCGAAACACAAGUAAUUCUGGCCGGUGGGGACGGUUCAAUCAAGCUGUUCGAUAUCGCUGCCCCCGGAAAUAACCCAGUUGCACAAUGGCAGGAGCAUAAUCGUGAGGUAUAUGCUGUUGCAUACAAUCUGGUCACAAAGGAUUCAUUCGUAUCAAGCUCAUGGGACGGAACGGUCAAAGUGUGGUCUCCCAUUAGGUCUCAAAGCAUGCUUACGCUUCCGACUCAUUCUUGCACAUAUAGUGCCGCAUUUGCCCCCCGAUCUGCGUCAAUCGUCUCCUGCGUCUCUUCAGACUCUCACUUGAGGAUCUACGACUUGCGAACACCUGCCUCUGCCACGAACCACUUGGUACACCUCAUUCCUGCCCAUGGUCACGCCCCCGUACCAGGAGGUCCGCAACGUCCUAGUUAUGAGCCUGCUGAGAUUCUUACGCAUGAUUGGAACAAAUAUCGUGAUACGGUCAUUGCGACCGCUGGAGUCGAUCAAUUGAUCCGUACCUUUGAUAUUAGAAACCCUAAAGGAGGACCGGUUGCCAUCUUGAGAGGACACAAUUUCGCAGUUCGAAAGAUUGCUUGGUCCCCCCACCUGAGCGAUGUUCUUAUUAGUGGAAGCUAUGAUAUGACCGCACGAGUCUGGACGGAUGGCUCGACUUCUGCUACGCCAAGUCGACCAAUCACUCUAGGUCCUGAGGCUUGGGGAGAUGAAUACGGCCGUUUCAACGCUCACACCGAGUUCGUCACCGGUGUUGACUGGUGUCUCUUCGGUACUGAGGGUUGGGUUGCCACCACUGCUUGGGACGAGCGUGUCUGCGUUUGGGAUGUUCGGACCGUCAUGGGCCAGAACCGCACCCGCUUCCACACUCCUUAGGUCAACAGCAACAAAGCUAAAAUUCGACAAAAGCAGGCAAUUUCUUUUCACGACGCUCACGAUCUGGAUGCGAAUAAUGGUGUAAUAGACAAAAGUGGAUACUGCGGACGGAGAUACCAUGGCGUUUGUUGGCGUUUUCAGGCCUUUCGUGUACAUCUGGGCUUUGAUGUGGGCUGAUCACAUUUGCAUAUGGGAGGCAACUUGUGAUCACGUUUACAUAGAACCUCUCCGUCUACAGAGACUUUUACUAGACAAAU